AUGGACAAGCACAUUGAGAUGUCUUACUGCCGCUUUGAGAGCUUCAAGAUACUCGCCAAGAACUACCUGGAUGUGGUGGAGCACGAGCUGUUUGGGGAGAUUCAGCAGCUGCUUGAGGAGACCGACAUGUCGCCCGCUGACGUGGCAGAGAACCUGAUGCCCUUGUCCAAGAAGAAAAAGAGGGACCCUGAUGUGUGCUUGGCAGGCCUCAUCGAGGUGCUCAAGCAGGCCAAAGAAGACGCGACGGUCGCCAAGGCGAAGGAGGAAGAGGUGGCCAAGGAGGCUGAAGCGAAGAAAGCCAAGGAGAAAGAGGAGGCUGAAGUGAAGAAAGCCAAGGAGAAAGAGGAAGGGAAGGACAAAACAUCAGAGGAAGCCAUUGGAGACAACAUGCAAGCUGACAAGAUACAGGAGUAG